AAAAACCUCCAGGACAUCAUCCAGGACCACUUCAUGGCCUGACCGCUCAAUGUUUACAUAAGAUGGACGCUACUGAUUAUAAGCAAGACCGGGCUCUCCAACCGCAAGACCCUCAGAGUGGAAUUCAAAUACGUAUGCAAGUGGAAGAUGGAGAAAUCAUGUGUGUGAAGGUUAAGGAGGAGGAGAUACCAGCUGACAUCAGCCCAAAUGGAUCUAAUGAUAGUAAUACACCAGAGCGACACCUCAGACUCCGUUAUUCUCUGUUAAAUCCUGACAAAGAAAUAAAGGAAGAAAGAUUGAAUAUUGUUCUGGGUAAUACUGAUCCAGUGUUUGAUGGAGACAGUUCUUACUUGGAUAAUAAGGAGGAUGAAAUUCCUAUAGAUUUUAGCUCUGUAGCAUCUGAACCUCUUGGAAAUCAUUCUCGAGUUGUUAAGAGUAGGACACGCAGUAAAGGCAGAGCCAGCACCUUCUCACACACUCGAAAAAGACCAUCUGCAUCAAGGAUGUCAGAUAGUCGAGGUUAUAUUGAAGUAAACAGCCUUAUAACUGCAGUGUCCCAUCAACCUGCUAUCUGGGAUGCCAGGGACCCUAGUUACAUGGACCGGCUUAAGAGGUCCCACGCAUGGGAGAGGGUUUGUCAGGAUGUGACUGAGGACUGGGAUGAUUUACAUACAAAGACCCAAGACCUUAGAUUGAAAGAUCUGCAAACUAGAUGGCGUUCAUUAAAGGACUGUUAUAGGAGGGAACUACAGCAGCAGAGGAAAGCGGAGAAGAGUGGCGGACCAGCAGUAAAGAGGAAGACAUACUUGUAUUUUCGUCAGCUGCACUUUUUGAAGCCUGUUUUGGAGGCACGAAGACAAGUUUGGAAGCAAAAGUCAGGGGACUGCCUUUCUGGAAACCUCAGAGAAAAGGCACAGGAAGCAAAGUUGGAGCCUAAAUCAUCUGUCACAUCUGCAGCCCCAAGGUCUAGCGCUACAUCUUUGCCAAUAAUGGACAGUUCUCACCUGGAACAACCCCCAAAAAGGAGAAGGCAGGAAAAACAGUCCAUUUGUGCUCUAAAUUCUCCCAUAACCACCCAGGAAGUUGACAGGGAGCAUCAAGAGCUAGAAAAAGAUGCAGACUAUCACUUCUACAUGUAUAUCAUGGCUGUGACAAAGAAAUUCUCUCCAGAAAAGAAGUGGGCUUUUAGAAUGAAGAUUAUGGAGUUACUUCAGAUGCAUUCUCUGGACCAGCAGGCACCUUCUUCCUAUUCUCCCCACCUCACAUACACACCAGAAGCUCAUGAUUCCCCAUCUACAUACCCACCUGCUUAUGCCCACUACUAUCCGGAUGAAACCUCCCAUCCCCAUAUCUCCAAGCAUUCACCAACCUACAUUCCUCCUAACCACCAACACAGUUCUUCAGACCCGUCCAUACUGCCUGCCCCUGCUAGUCAGCCACAUUCACCCAUUGAAUCCCCUUAUCGUAGCCCCCUCUCCCGUUCUUCACAGACGCCUUCAAGCCAGGCCAGCUUAGACACAGAAGGUGACAGCUCAUUUUUGGACUACUAGAAGAAAAGUUAAAGGGGUAUUCCGGUCAAAAACAUCUUAUCCCCUAUCCAAAGGAUAGGGAAUAAGAUGUCUGAUCGCUGGGACCCCACAAUCU